UGCGGAGCGGUGCCGCAAGCUGGGCGCCGCUGUUGUUACAUAGGAAACAGCUGAAAAGUCCCCACAUGACAGUGGGGGAAGGAGGAAGCGGGGUGACCCGGGCGAUGGACGUGGCUUUUACAGAGUGAGGCGCUUGGCCGCCACAGGGAAUCCCCCAGCAGCCUCGCUUCCCGACUCGAGUAGAAGGGGGCCGAGCGGGGAUCUCGCUGCGCCCCUUGAAGGAGCCCUGGUUUGCCCUUGGGAGAGGGGUUGUGCCCCCUGUUGUAGGGGCUCUGUCUGCCGGGGGGCGGAGGUGACCCUUAAGGGGAGGAUCGUGCCCCCUGCAGGGGACGCUGCCUCUCUCAGGGGCGGCUGCUGAUGGGGCAGGUUUAAAUCCCUCCCUUGCAGCCAAGCGCAUAGACAGCGGGGAAGUUUGAUUCAGUCCGGGCGGCAGGGACGGAUUCUGCUCCUCUGCCGGACAAAGGGGCGGCGCAGGCGGGCGAGGAGCCCGGGCGGGUCGGUAGCUUCCUCUGCCGGGAUCGGGACGCUGCUGGAGCAAUGAACGGGUUCGCCCCGGAGGAGGUGACCCAGAGGGGGGGGGAUGCCGCCACCACCACCGUCGUUGCUGCUGUUGUGGCCAAUGCAGCCGCCACCGUGGAGGUGCCGGCGCUGGGAUUAGGUCCCGGCGCUGCCGCAGGUACCACCGCCGGUUCUGCGGGCCCCCCCGGUGCUGCCGGCCCUGGGGCUGGGCAGCUGUGCUGCCUGCGCGAGGAAGGUGAGAGGUGCAGCCGGGCCGCCGGCAACGCCAGCUUCAGCAAGAGGAUCCAGAAGAGCAUCUCACAGAAGAAGGUGAAGAUCGAGCUGGACAAGAGCGCAAGACAUCUUUAUAUUUGUGACUUCCACAAAAACUUAAUUCAGAGUGUGCGAAACAGAAGAAAGAGAAAAGGCAGUGAUGAUGAUGGUGACUCACCAGUGCAAGACAUCGACACUCCAGAGGUUGACUUAUAUCAGUUACAAGUAAACACACUUCGAAGGUACAAAAGACACUUCAAGUUACAGACCAGACCAGGACUUAACAAAGCACAGCUUGUUGAAAUAAUUGGUUGCCAUUUUAGGACUAUUCCAGUGAAUGAAAAGGAUACCUUAACAUAUUUCAUCUACUCCGUGAAGAAUGACAAGAACAAACCAGAUCUAAAGAUGGACAGUGGUGUUCACUAGGAUGGAAAAAAUGGGACUAAUACUCAAGUUGCAGAUCUAAAGACUGUUUUUGACAUGCAGAUGCUUUCUUUGUAACUUUUUUCAGAGAACUUCUCUGAUUUUAUUUUUCAUGGUCUUGCUGACUCUCUGAAAAACAACCUCCUCUAAAAUGAGAUUUCCACAGCAAAAGUAUUUUAAAUAAAUAUUAUUGAUACUGUU